AUGCCAUUCGAGCCGGAUCCCGGGACCAUGAGACAGACGUCUGCGCAUAACCCAGCCAGAAGCAGUCCAAGCUUCCCACAGUCGGAACACCAUCACUACCCAGCUGGUCCUCCACGAUUGCAACAACCUCCGAUUGCCUACGUCUCUCCUACUCUUCGAACCCCGACCACACCUCAUCCGAAGGAUCCUCUCCGAUUACAGACCUCUAUCUCUAGUGCGGAGUCGGGGUCGACGCUGGGAGCGGAAUACAAGCCAUACCUACCCUAUAACCAAUACCAAUACGGGCCGAUAGCAGAGAGGGGCUUGCCUCAAGAGACGAUCAACCGAUACUCGCCCGCGGGCUCACAACACUCGGAAAGUGGUGCUAAGAGAAGCAAUCUGGGCGAACCACCGGUGAUUGAAGACAAUUCGGCCGUAUUCCGCUACAUCCAAGAAAAGUCCAUUGAAGCAGAGGAGGUUGAGACAAAGGAUGACCAUGCGCUAUGGAUUCUGAUGUGGAUGUCGUUCCUUGACCCAUUUCACUGUUUAUUCAGCUGUAUAUUCUCAAUAUUCGUCGCCCUGGUCAUCAUAGUCUUCGCCCCCCUCAAACUAUGUCGCAAAGAAUGCUCGCCCAGUAUAUCUCUCGUCCGAAUUAUUGCGCCAGUCUUCCGGAAUCACCUGCAAAUGAUCUUUGCCAAGUCUCUGGACGCUGCUCAUACCUUUGAGUUCAGUCCGGUCUGCCUAGUCCUCGUACACAUUGCGUCUCCUCUCCUCAGUGUUGGAAACGCCAUUGCGGCCUGGAUCAUGGCUGUAUUCUGGGUCUUUGCCAUCAUCAUGGGGAACCCAGAUGGAACCGAGAAACGCGAUGACGGGCGCGCCUCGGUGCUCCUGUUGAGGGAUUGGUGGGAGAAGUGUCUCCUUGUUGCUAUACGCAAAUAA